AAGGGGCCAAAAAACCUUUAACUAGAUAAAUAUAUUAGUAAAGAUGCCAUGAGGAAAAAAGCAAGGACUAACUCACCAACCGCGGAAGCCCGCCAACUACGCCAUGCUCAAUCUUCCCAAUGGAGCGACGAAGCCAUGAGAUCUCCGCUAGAAAUUCGAUGUAGACUGUAUAUAGAAACUCGUAUAAUUAACUCACUACUGUAGAAUGACGAUACCGAGCCCUCGGAGCUGCAUGAUACCCCCUUGCUUCAUCUUAUCUCUCCACAGAGCCACAGCAUCUCAUGACAAAGGCAGAAGGACGCGUGUGCGCUGGCAGCUCCAUUCCAUCCAGCAUUUCCCAGCGGACCCUAUACUAGUGUCGGUUAGUUACUGAGGUCAGUCAACAAGCUAAAACACUUACCAACCGCCGUCCAGGGCAAAGGUUGAAAAAGAAAGGAGACGAGCAAGAUGAUGAGGACAAUGGAGGCAAAAGGACAGAAAAAGAAAAUGGACAAGCGUCACGUUAUGAGGCUACUUCUCAAUCCAUUUGAUUUGAUCUCCCCUGAUGCUCUUCUGCUGCUCUGACGAGCCUAUGGGAAUGCUGGUUCAUAACCCAGCAAGCUAGGAAAUCAGCUCCUGUUACACCCAGUAUCGAGGUAACAGCCGAGGUAGAAUGUGCAAUCUCGCAGCCAACCUACAGAACGAACGAAUCGCAUCCAGAUGAAACAUUUUGCUUCACUUUGUGAAAGAGUGACCCAUGGGCAGAGCAAAGAGGGUUGACGGAUAUAUAUCCCGAGUUCCGCCUGCUGAUGGAUGGUUGACAAGUUCAGCUGCCUUCGACAUCGAGCACCUGCAUCACUCUAAUUAGCUCAGUUAACUAGUUGAGCAGUUAGUUCGAAGAGGUCAAAGAUGCAGAAUGGGGGUCUUCUCUUGGAUCUGACUUCGAUCCGAGUCCUCGGGCGGCGCACGGCAGCCAGUGCUCAUUUGAUGCACUCUAACUAUAACAAUCUCUCUGUGAUAUUACUGCUUGGUUCACUCACUAAAUCUGCUCCCCUAGCCAGUCGUAGCUGGCCGGGCACCUCGGCGCCUUGGGCGGUCGUUUCAUCGUGUCAUUUCACUUCCACUAGUGAGAUAGGUUCUUGCUCUGUGGGAAAAUCCAGCGGAUCACAAGCGUCAAUUGCAGACCCAGGCAGGGCAAAGGCAUCUACCACCAGGAUUAGCAAAACAAUUAACUCUCAGACUUGCAUCUCCAACCCCCAUCCAAGAAUGAGGGAAAAAGAAAAGGGAAGCAUGGCUUAUGAAAAAAGCCAAGAUAGUUAAAGAAGGCUCUUCUUUUUUUAGCCCUCACGCCUUCAUAAAUCUGCUGUGGAGUUUUUUUUUAGUGAGCCAUCCAGGUUCAUCUCUUGGAAUAUGACUUCUAUCAUUAGCUCGUCUUACUAAUUCCCCGUAUGGUGCGCUCACCCCCUAUUCGACAGCGAUAUCUUGCUCAGUCUUUUCUUCUUCCUUAGUCUCGACGUUUAUUUCCCAUCUGCCAAACAGCGUCGUUCAGAGUCGAUUCCUUGGGUCAUCGGCUUUCGGAUUCGACUCGCCGGUGUCCUCGACAGCCAGUAAUAGACUGCUCAUCAGGCCUUUUCUUUUAUCCUUUAUCCCCCCACGGCUCGGCUUGUUCCUAUUCUUGUCUUUUCCCGCUGUUGAUGCUGCUGAGGUGAGGUUGUUCGUUAAACCGUAUUUACGGAUCUAACGCCGUCGUGAUGGAGGAUUUUUUAUUUGCAAAUGCCGUGCAUUGCUAGGUUGGAAGCCCAGCUCGCAUCUCAUCCCUGCCCCAACCACCCACCUUCCCCCCCUUGCCUGUCCCUCGCACCCUGGAGGAGAUCGUUC